CAAAGAGUGCAGCAGAGCGGUCGCUUUCGGUAGUUUCGUCCGACCCGAAAUAAAUAAUAAAGGUGUCUAAAUCAAAAAAUUAACGCAUCAACAAUCAUUCAAAUGUAAAUUAAAACCGAAAAAUAAAUUUGACUAUAUUUAAUUCGCUGGUUAAGCAAAUUGAAUUUUAUUCUUUAAUCAAAUGUCAACAAACGCGAAUACAAACCUCGAAUUAAAAUUUAUCCGAAUCAAAAAUACUAAUUAAGUCAGGUUAAUAAUUGGCAUAUCAUAAAUCCAUUUAAAAAAUUUCGCCGAACGGCAAAUGCGACGCAAUGUACAACAGUGUAACAGUAAUGGAAGCCAAAGUGAUUUGAUUGAAAAAGUUUCGUUGGUUUUUUUCGGGUAAUGUGCAUUGUAAAGUGAAAUGAAUUAAAAAUGAAACAUGCAUUUCAAUCGUCGAUUUUGUGCAAUGAAAGUGAAUUUCCAACAUAUCCACGACCAAGCGGCACAUCCAGCCGAUCGGCAACAGCAAAGCGCAACUUGAAUUGGUCAUUCGUUGACGGCAGCGUACUCACGAAUCCAAUAAAUACGUUUACUUCGGAAAAUGCACACUGCAAGCAACUUCUCACACUAGAUUUGCCGAAUGAGAAUGAUCCGCAGACGAGUCGAUCGACGGGAUCGUCACAGUCAACAAAAAUGGCAUCACUAAAUCCGAACCUGAACGAGCACAAUAUCACAACGGCACCGGUGGCAACAACAUCGUCCGGCAUUAGUAACAAUAAUCGUAAUUUAGGUCAAAACAAUAAUGUUAGAAUAGGUAGUUCGCAGGCGAUUGGCAGCGCAGCACAGUCCAGAACAACGGGCUCCAAUAGCGGUGAAGAAUUCUACUUGGGAUUGUAUGGGUGGCGAAAGAAAUGCCUUUACUUUCUCAUCUUAAGUCUAGCGAUAUUAAUAGUUGUUAAUUUAGCGUUAACUUUAUGGAUACUGAAAGUUAUGGAAUUCACAACGGAUGGAAUGGGUCAAUUAAAAAUCGUACCUGGCGGAUUACAAUUAUCGGGUCAAGCACUCUUCUUAGAUGUAUUACGAGCUUCAUCAAUCCGAUCCAGACACGGUCAACCAAUUACAAUAGAAUCUUCGAAGAAUUUCUCAAUCAAUACGCGAGACUACGAAGGCCGUUUGGACAACCGUUUAUUUUUGGGUCACGACAAGUUGGAAAUACUGUCACAUCAUUUCAAAGUUAUCGAUACGCAUGGCGCAAUGUUGUUUUCAGUGAAUAAGAACGAGGUAUCAAUUGGAGCGAAUGCGCUGAAUGUGGAAGGAGAAGGUGGUGCAGUGUUUCGAGAAUCAAUUCAAACGCCACUGAUAAGAGCCGAACCGGGCAAAGAGCUCAAGCUGGAAUCGCCAACCAGAUCGUUGCUAAUAAAUGCUGGCAAAGAUAUUUUCAUCAAGUCUGGUGCGGGCAAUAUUGAUGCCAGUUGCCUUAACGACAUUCGUAUUCAAUCGGAAGGCAGUAUUCGAUUGGACUCUGCUAGUAUUCUUAUGCCAAAUUUAAAGAUAGUUCAACCGGCGGGUACGUCAUCAUCGUCGUCAGCGCUACCAUCGACGUAUGAUCAUCACCAUCAGCUUGGCCAACAGCAGCAGCAACAGCCACCGCACCACCAUCACAAAAUCUAUCAACUGUGCGCUUGUUCGAAUGGCAAGUUGUUCUUAGCCAUGUCCCAUAGCAUCUGUGCCGGCGAUGAAUCAACUGUGUGCAGAUGAUUCGAUGCAAUUUAUAAAAAGGACUCUUGUAAGCGGAAAAUUUAUUUAAAAUUAUACGGAACGGCCACCAUGUAAUGGACACAAAACUGAAUCUAGCUCAUGUAUCAAUAACGUAGUGCACAUCCAACAAGUACAUUCAUAGUGCAAAACCAAUCAAAUGCAUUCAUGACAUUUAACAGCGAUUCGGGGAAUUUUGCGUGGAAAAAAGGGAGUCAGAAUGGUUAGCUCUUUUUUGCAAUAUGGGAACAUUUACUAUUAUUGACAAACUGCGUAAUAAUUAAUUUUCCAUCGCAUAAUAAUCAAAUGUUGGUCAGUUUUGAUAUCAAAAUGUCAGUAUUAGCCAAAUUCCUGACUCCACUUUACUAGCAUCGACACACAGCAUGGUCUCUUCUCGCCGAUUUAAGUGCAUAAUGCGGUGAGCAUAGAACAUGUUAAAGUUGUCGCAUGUUGCGACUGUACUCUGUUGGCACCGUGCAUAGAAGCGAAUGUGUUUUUUUUUACAUUUCGCACUUGCCAUCCUGUAACAUGUAAAGCCAUACAAGCCAUUCAGUAUGUGUUCAUUUUAUGCCUGGCAUGCAAACGCCGAAUCGCUGGUAUUUAAGCAGAACGAUGUGGAAUGAAAAUCAGUUUAGCAUAAAUCUGUGUAGAAAUAUUAUGUAAAGUGACAUAAAUUCAGCUACUUGUUCGAUUUUGUAUAUUAAAUUAAUAUUUGAAAUGGUCAAUGCAACAACACGGUUUAUCCAGUGUAACUGGAUGCGUUGCAAUGUGUAUUUACUCCGGAUGUGAAUCUCAUAAUAACGAGACACACUCACACAAUUGCUAAUACGUUUCAUCUAUAUUUUUUUUUUCCUUCUCCGAACCCAUUUUGCAAUUCACAUUGAGAGAGAUUUCAAAUUCAAAACAUUUUCCAACUGAACAUAAUAAUUCCAGAGAAUUUGGGCUGCAAGAGAAAUCUUGUACCGAGUUUUCGGAACAACAGAUUGUGUUGAUUCGACUGCAUAUUAUGCAGCAAAUAUCUUGAGAGUCUCUUUGAACAACUUGUAAAUACACUCAACUACUUCAUGCAUAUGCUAAAUGCCGAUGUGUGUGUAUGUGUAUGCGAUGUGCAUAUGUUCGAAAAUUAAAUCUCUUAAAGAGAGUUACAAACAAAACUUAUGCUUCUUCAUAAAUUAAAUCAUCUUAACUUAGAUGAAAGAUUUAGUCAGAAAUGCCAUUUGAAUUGCUGUUUGCUCAUAGAAAUGGGAAAAAUCGAAUUAUAUUGCAUUUUCUUUGUCUAUUGAAAUUCUCUCCAUCACAAAGGCAGGAUAGAGAGUUAAACUGAAAUGAAUGUAUAAUAGUAGAAUAUUCAAUAAGGUGUAGAAUGAAUUGCAAAGAUUAUAAAAUUGUUGAAGUUUCAUUUUCUCGUUUUCCCGUAUUAGUUUGUUUUUUUUUUUCUGUUGAGGAGAGAGAGAAAUCAAAUUGGUUUAUGUCUGUCAUUAUGAAAAUCUAUUUGAAAUUAUGAUUAGAGUCUCUAUUAGAAUUCUAUGCUUUAGGGCAAAUUGAUGAUGGUUUUUGAGGUGGAUUUACUGCUUAAUUUCAUUUCAAUUUUCCCGAUUCAGUUUCAAACCCUUUCACAUAUCACCAUGUUUUGAUGGUCGCGCAUGCUGGUCACAGGUCGCGAAAUUCCAUCAUAUUUAGUCAAAUUAUUAUUCACAAUUUAGAAAAUGAUGAACGGGAAAUAGAGACACAGUGAGCAAACGUAGAAAAAAAGUGAAAUAAAAUAUCAAAUGAGAAAAACACGUGUACAAUUAAAUGUAUUUAUAAUGACAUUUUGUAUAACUAUCAAACCCGAUUAUAUGCCACACACACACACCAUGAUUACCAUGUACGUUCGAAAUAAUAAUAAUAUGAUAACACGUGGCCAUUAACAAUUUCCAAAAACCCAAAACGAACAAAAACAAAAACCAAAAAAAAAAAAAUCACAUUAAAUUACACUAAAACCCAAUGUCAUGAUUAUAUGAUUACUGUAAUUAAUAAAAAGCAUAUAUAAAAAUAUAACUAAUAAAGCGAAA